UCCCGAGCGAGAGGCAGGCAGUAGUCGGCGAGGAGCUCAACUUUUAAUGUAUGCGGGCCGAGUCGGGCCAGUGUGUCGGCGCGCACUGCUUUCUCCUCCUUUAUGCAUCCUCCUGUUCGACUUGGCUCAACAACUGCUUGCUGGUUUCUCACCGGCUCGGUAGCUAAAGCUGUUUUUGGCACAAAAAGCGGUUUUGUGUCAGUUUCUUUUAUGUUGUCCAGCCCUCCUGCGACUCCCAGCACGUAACAGGGAACUGCCAGUAAUCAUUGCAAAGAGGCUCAGCUUGCUUACAUGGUGCUCCUGGUAUACACAGAAGACCCUGGAAAUAUUAAUAAUAAACCUUGACUGAGUGAUUGAGUGAGUGACUGCAUGGACCGGACUGAACAUGAAGAGCCUUAAAGCCAAGUUUAGAAAAACUGAUGUCAAUGAGUGGAACAAAAACGACGAGCGUCUGCUUGCUGCGGUGGAGCAUGGCGAGGUGGAGAAGGUGGCAUCGCUUCUUUCCAAGAAAGGCGCCAGCACUGUGAAGCUGGACAGCGAGGGCAAAUCAGCCCUUCAUGUGGCAGCUACACGCGGCCAGACAGACUGCCUUUCCGUCAUUUUGGCCCAUGGAGCUGACCUGUCAGUCACUGAUGCUGCAGGUUUGAAUCCGUUGCACCUUGCUGCAAAAAACAGUCACAUCGAGUGCUGCAAAAAACUCAUUCAGAGUAAAUGUCCUAUCGAUGCUGUAGACAGCUCAGGAAAGGCUGCUCUGCAUCAUGCUGCUGUCAGUGGGAACAUCCAGACCGUCCAACUGCUGUGUGAACUCAAAAGUCCCAUCAACUUGAAAGAUGCAGAUGGGCUCACCCCCUUGCUGUUGUCAGCCAAACACGCUCAUGCUGAAGUAUGCAGCACUUUGCUAGACUGCGGCGCUGAAGUAAAUGCAACUGACAACAGUGGCAGGACAGCCUUGAUGCUGGCCAGCGAGUCCAACAGCGUUUCUGUUGUUGAAGUCUUGGUUCAGCGAGGAGCAGAUCUGUCGGCUGUAGAUUCACAAGGCCACGAUGUCGCACAGUACGCGGCCAACUCUGACAUCAAAGCUGCCCUCACUGCUGCCCUGAAGAGACAACAGGUCUCAGAUACAAAGUCUCCUAGAAGUCCUCAGCAUGAUCAAGUAGCUAAGCUAAGUGAUGAACGGAUCACAACUCCCAAAAAACGAAAAGCACCUCCACCUCCUAUUAGCCCACUGCAGAGCUCUGGACCCUCUUCUCCUGCCACUGUUAUCUCCACUGGGACCCCUGCAUCCAACAAAAGUGACACUCCCAAAAGAUUCACCUACAAGGAGGAUGAAGUUCAAGGAAUGGCACUGAAAGAGGAGGUUGACAAGCUCCAUGAGGAGAGAAACAUGUUGCUGGAGACCAUCGAGGACCUGAAGCAGACGGUGUCUGUUCCUGAACUGGAUACAAAGGUCGAGCACAGUUUUACAGCAUCUGCAGCUCUGGUUUCCGCUCUGCAAGCCAAGAUUAAUGCUCUUACUUUGGAGAACCAGCAACUUGCAAGCAAACUCAAGAAAUAUCCGUUCCUCCAAGGAAGCGAGGACCUGAAAGAGACCAGUCGUCCAAACAGCAUGGCCUCCAACUCCUCCUUCCACUCCACCAGGGAUGAGUUUGAUUCACUUCCGCCACAAGUCCCUUCCACCACCCAGGUGGAAAGAGAAGACGGUUCAGGCGUCAGACGGGAGGAAGAAGAGAGUGAAGGGAGCAAAGAGGAGAUCAGACUGUUGAGACAGGCGCUAGAGGGCGUUCAAAUGAAACUGUUAGAAACCAGAAAGGAAAACCGCUCGCUGCAGGCCCAGCUGAAACCUGAGCGAGACAGGGAAAGAGAGGAAUAUGAAAGUGUGCGGGAGAAAGGAAGAGAGGAAGAGUUGAUGGAAAGUCUAGCAGAGCUUCAGGCCAAGCUGACAGAUACUCAGGAGAGAUACCACCAAGCUGUGGAGGACGUGGAGGAGCUGAGAGCGCAGAUGGGAAGGGGAGGAGGUGAGCUGAUGGAGGAACAGGAGGUCCUGAGACGCGCAUCAUCCGAACUCGAACGUGAAGUAAAACAGCUGAAGGCCCAGCUCGCCCAAUCAGGACCCGAGCAAGAGAAAGCAGCAGAACGAAUCAGACAGCUGGAGGAGGUGCUGAGGAGGGUAGAGGAGGAAAGACACAGUGUAAAGGAGAAAGAACAGAGGACUGCACAGAUUGAAGAGCUGUACAAGGAAGCGCAGGAGGAGAUUAGGAUGCUCCAGGAGGCUCUAAGGGGUACAGUGCCAGUUGAAGCUGCAGCCAAAGACUUUGAAGAAAUGAAGGCUGAGCUAAACGAGGUAAUUGCUGGGAUGCAGCGGCGCUUGCUGGAACUCUCGCACUCCUACAGUGAAACAAAGAGUCAGCUAAGUGCUGUGCAGAAACAGCUGGCUGAGGCCCGAGCUGAGAGCAGCGCAGCCUCAUCUCCCUCCUCCGAACAACAGCAGCAACAACAACAGGUCCCGCUGCUAAACAGCAAGGUGGAGGAGCUGCAGACGACGCUAGCUGAGACGGAGAAGAAGUACUCUGCUGCUCAAGAGGAGAUUUCACUGCUGAGGCAGGAGGCGGAAGCUCAGGCACAGAGCUCUGUGGCACUCGCGGACCACACACAGGUGAUGUCAUCUCUGGGAAAUGCCAUCAAAGAGUUGGAAAGCCAGUCAGAAGCCCUGAAGGAACAGCUGCACCAGAAAACACUGCAGGUGGAGGCUCUUCAGAACAGGCUGACAGUAGAGAAGGACGUCACACCAGAUGAUUCAGUCUCCCGUGUGGAAUAUGAGACCACGAGAGAGCAACUGGAGGGCGAGGUGAACCACCUGACGCAGCUCCUCCAGGGGGCCCUCAGGAAGCAGGACGAGAUGGCUCUGGAGGCUGCUGAUGCAUGGCAGAAGGCACGGGAGAAUCGUGCAGAGCGGGAGGCCCUGCAGGAGCUGGUGAUGUCAAGGGAGAAGGAAAAUCAGGCACUGACCUCUAGGCUGGCUGAGUCUCAGGAUUCUGUGUGUCAACUCAAACAGCUUGUGGAGAAUCACGUUGCCUCAGAGAGAGAGAAGAAUAAGAGAAUAGACGACCUGUCACGAGAGGUGGGGAAGCUGAAAGACGCCUUAAACAGCCUAUCACAGCUCUCCUACAGCUCUGGCUCUCCCUCCAAGAGGCUGCAGCAAAACCAGCAGCUGGAGACGAUGCAGCAACAAAUCAAACAACUCCAGUACCAGCUCGCUGAGUCAAAGAAGCAGCACAAUGAGAUCGUGUCAGUCUACAGGAUGCACCUCCUCUAUGCUGUCCAGGGUCAGAUGGACGAGGAUGUCCAGAAAGCCUUGAAGCAGAUCCUGAUGAUGUGCAAGAUGCCAAGCCAAGCCAAGGAGGCCUGCUGAGACUCACCGGGCCUGGUUUCACAAACGCAUGGCGUGAACAAAAGUGUAGCGAGCUGCUGCCUGUCCUCCCAUCUGAAUUCACACAGUGCUUGUACAUAACAAGCAGGGCCAACACAUGGUGCCUCUGGAUAAAUCUUGAGUAUUUGUUAAUGAGGAACAGGUUUACAAUCAUUAUGUUCAUUGCCUUUGCUUGUUUUGAUCUAAAGGUCGUCAAUGUUGCGGUGGAUGAUGUUUUUGGGAAACCCAAACCCGAGCAUACAGAUACUGUGCAUCGGCCAAUUGACCAUUCAUUUGAAUGGUAUCUUCUGUCUACCAGCCAAACUUAUAAUCUCAGUAUGUGCACGCUAACACUACACUGUCGAUGUGCAGUAACCUUAAAUCACAUGCAGUUGGACAAGUGCGAUAAUGCAAACAUACGUGUGUAUUCUGACAUAAACAUGUAGGUUGGCACUAAUCAGUCCAAUGUAAACGGUAAGAUUGAUGUGGUUUGUUCCUGUUACAAUGUGCGCUUUCGGAAAUAAAGCCUCAGUUAGCGCUGCUUUUAAUAGUAUCUAUUUUAUGAUACAGCUGUGUUUUUACUUGUCUAAAUGUUUCAUGGUUGCCAACAUUUUCCUGAUACAAUCUAAAUUAUUUGUGCCCUCGUAACAAUGCAUGUGACUUUUGCUCAACGCCAGCCCAAAAAUCACAGAAAUCUUUUUUGGCCGCACUUCUUGGAAGGAAAAGCACGAUACUGUUUGUAUUGCUAUUUUCCUAUUAGCACAAAAAUGUAUUUUACUGAAAUGUAUUAUCAUGCCAUGUUUUCUAAGUUACUGUACCUUAUUGAAGAGGUUUGAUAGCUGUAUUUUUGAUGGCCUUGUUUUGUGUCUGCGUGUCUGUUGUGUGAAUGAGAUUUCGUGGAGUAAAAGAACGCACUAUUUGGUCUAGUAACACCGUAAUUAGUUUAUUUUCCAGUUAAAGUCAUUUUACAUUUAAGGGUUUGAAUAUAAUUGUUUACUCUAAUGGAGAAAAAAAAAAAAUUCAAUUGUAACAAAUGCAACAGUAUGGUAUUUUUGAGUCAGGAUAGUUAGGAGGUAUGAUUUUUAGUUCUUACAUUUCCUCUGCUCUUGUCUACUCUUAUACUUUGGUUGUUUGUUUCUUGAAAAGCAUGCAAAAUGUGUUUUAUGAAAGGAAAGUGGUUGAGUUUGUCGUCACGUGCCUCUAAUCAGACAGUAUUUUUCUGGCUCGGCAGUACUUUCAACUGAGUGUUACCAUCAUUAAUCACUAAUUCUGGAUUUAUCAUGAAUGACAAAUUCACCAGGUUUCCUUGUACCAUCUUAUUAAUUUAUUUACAUUUACCAGGAAUGCUUUUUUCUGUCUUCCUGUUUGUGAUACUCCCAAUCUCUUUUCAGUGUUUCUGCGUAGGUACGGAUAUACACUCUGUUUCAGAAUACAUUUCUUUUAACAUGUCUUCUAGAGGCUUCUGAACUGUUUUCACAUCACACUCCUUUGCCUUAGUACUGUACUUAUAGCCAUACGCCCUGAGAUAUCACCUUUCUUCUGAACAGAUUGACAAUAUACCUAACACUAAUGGGUCUUUUUAACUGUAGUCAGAUGAAAUUAAAGUGAUAUCUGACUGACUGAAGCUCAUUUGUCACUCAGGAACGUUUUUACUGAGCAUGAUUUACACCUGACUGACAUUUGUUCGACCCUGAGUUGAGCUUCCGCUUUAUUUCAUAGGUUGUAGGAUAUCCUAAAUUACUUUUCUCUCCUUUUCUCUCUAGGCCUUGACUGAAAUGUUUUGUAAUGAAAAAGGGAAAAGAAAGGAACACCUUUUCUGCUGGUUGUUUCUUAACUAACAGUUUUGUAGCGACAUGAAAAAUGCUUGUUUGCCAACUGCUUUUUCUGCCCACAUUAAUAAAUUUCCAAGAUACUGAA